CUUUGCCCCACUGACAAUCCUGCACAGCUGAACUUUCAAAGACAAUCGACGCCACAGUUGUAUCAUUAACACCAUGACGACCACAACGAAAAGCAUGCCAUACGUGCGCCUUGGUAAUUCUGGACUGAAAGUGUCCAGGAUCAUCCUAGGCACCAUGUCUUACGGAGACCCGAAGUGGCAGGAAUGGGUUCUUCUUGAAGAGGAGGCGAUAGCGCAUAUCAAGAUGGCAUAUGAUGCUGGCAUUCAGACAUUCGAUACGGCCAAUGUCUAUUCUAGUGGCGAAUCUGAGAUAAUCUUGGGAAACGCGAUAAAGAAGCUUAAGCUUCCUCGCGAUGAGAUCGUUGUGAUGACCAAGUUGUUCCAUGCUGUAUCGAAAGAUCAUACUCUAAUUGUACCAAAGCAACUGAGAUAUGACGAAGAAGGAUAUGUAAACCAACAUGGGCUGAGCCGGAAGCAUAUAUUCGAUUCUGUGAAGCUGAGUCUCGAACGGUUGCAGCUCGACUAUAUCGAUGUCCUCCAAUGCCACCGUUUCGACCCCCACACUCCCAUUGCGGAAACGAUGCAAGCCUUACACGACGUGGUCAAAGCUGGCUACGUGCGCUACAUUGGUAUGAGCUCAUGCUGGGCUUAUCAGUUCCAUGCAAUGCAAAACUAUGCCAUUGCAAACAAGCUGACACCGUUCAUAUCCAUGCAAAACCAUCACAAUUUGGUCUACCGGGAAGAGGAACGUGAGAUGUUCCCUACCCUUAAGCUUUCUGGUGUCGGCGCUAUUCCAUGGUCUCCCCUUGCUCGUGGACUUCUUACACGCCCCCUUUCCGAUCAGAGCACCAAACGAGGCUCGACUGAUUUUGUCAUCAACAUGUACAACAAGGGCCCUGGCACUGCGGAAAUCAUUAGACGGGUAGAAGAGAUUGCGAAUAAGAAGGGCGUCAAGAUGGCUCAGAUCGCGCUGGCAUGGAGUCUAGCCAAGGAUGGUAUCGCCGCCCCCGUAGUCGGUACUACCAGCCUCGAGAAUUUGAAGGAUCUGAUCGCUGCCGUUCAUAUCAAGUUGAGUGACGAAGAAGUCAGAUAUAUGGAAGAGCCCUACAAAGCGAUGGACGUCAUCGGGCACAUCUGAAGUUGUUGGUCUGGUCAGGUAGAGCCAGUAGCCAAGAUAGCUGUUUAAACAUGGUUGGCCGCACCAAGCGAAAUGUCUUCUCGAGAUCGUGCACUGUCAACCAAUCUGUGUAGGAAUGCAGAGUUAGAUGUCGAGACUAGCUUUCGACGGUCAGAGAUUGAGGCCCUACAGCGC